CAAAAUGGCGGACGAGAUCUAACAGUGCGAAGUUCUUAGCAAAGAAGACGAUAUACAUUUACCAUUAUGGCUAGUCCUUGGUCUAAGGGAAGUCCUUUUACUCCGCGCCACUCCCUAAAUUAUUCAUUUCUUGGGGACUCGGCUACAACCCCGAGAAGCCAACAAAAAGUUCCAUUGACUUCCCAAUUAUUGGAGGAAACUGAUCAGCGCAGGGUAGAAACAUUUGGUCCUCCUUUGCCAGUUCAGAUCAGUGAGAAACUCACAAACCAAGAAAGUAACCAGCACACAACUGUCAGGAUUGAUCAGUCAGGCUGGGCAUGGCUUGUCUCUGGCAGAAAGUUAUUUAUUUGGCGUUUUAUUCCAGCAGCUGGAACAAAGGGAGUAUUUUUCAAGGAAUUGACAUUGCCAGCCUCAGAGUUAUAUCAUGUGGCAGACCUUAUAUGUGUUAUAAGUCCCGCUGGAGAUAGUAAAUUGUCAUCAGUGUCAGUGAUGGCAGUUUCCCCUGAAGGACUCGUGCGAUACUGGCCUAGUCUUACUCAUGACAGUAACACAGUGGAUGUUGACACAGAUUUGAUCGGAUCAAAAUGUCAUUCACUCACAGCUUUUCAGCCCUAUGGAUGUAUCCUACUGACCACCACAAAUGAGUUAUUACUGCUGACUGGUUUACAGAAGACUGUCAAGUGUCAGAACCUGAAUGCCUCCAGUGGAGUUUUCACAGACUUGGGCCGUCGUAUGACUUCUUUUAUAUUUGGUUCUCAGCCUGCUAGUCAAAGAGUGACAAAUUGGCAGAAAGUCCUUGCCAGUAGCAACCAUACAACUGAUAACUCCAGGGAGCUUUACGUACUUAGUGAAAACCAGUUGUUUACAUGGAAUAUUGUUCGAGUGAGACAGGGCAGUUUUAGUGAAAAGCUUGUUGCUCAGGUGCAACUGGAAAACAUGUUCAAAGCUGCUGUUAUGAACACUCCAGAGGGUUAUGGGAAAUCAGCUGAUGAUAUCUUGGUCUGGUGUCUAGAUGUAGUCCAAACAAGCUCUGGGAUCCUUGUUUUAGCAGCUGUUGCUGUUAGGAAACCACAAAGCUCGCAGCUGUUUUAUUUUCUUGGUGGUGUGAAAACUACUCCAACCCCUGUUUCACUGAUUAGCCUUACUGCCCUGCCAUACAGUGUGCCAUACAUUGAGGCUCAUGAGGACAAGCUACUGGAUUUCAAAUUGCUGCUCUCACAACAAAACUCAUCUGCUUUUGUGUAUAAUUCAAACUCAAUAAUUUGUGUUUCAGUCUCAGAAGCAAAUGAGGUAUUAAACAAAGUUGAUCUCCAGUCUCCAGCUGACAAUAUCUUGGGUGCAGGUUUAUUUCAAGGAAAACCAUUAUUUUUUUCUUCAAAGUAUGGUGUCAUUACUGUAGCUAUAAUGGAGGCUAUAUUAAGUGAGCAGAUGGAUUCUUCAAACAUUCAUUCAUUAGAGGUUACCCAGAAAACUGGUAACCUUUCACUUUCUGAUGCAUCCUUUCGAGAUGGUGACAAUCACCUCCAAAGACUAAAAUCAGCUUUCCUGCUGUUCUGCCAAGGACAUAUUGCUGAGGCUCAGAGUAUUUGUAGGAUCUUGGAUGGUGAAGAAUUGGAUAAUGGUGUGGUAGCUCUUAGUGAGGAGAUCAUUGAUGAUUUCCCAGUCUCAGAUCCUCGCUGGGCUGAAUCUAUUCCAGCAGGUGGACUAUCUGCUUCCACUUCACUAAUCAUUCUUCAUCAGUUGGAAGACAAGUUAAAAGCUCAUGUCUUCAUGGUUGACUUUCUGAAGGGUGUUGGCCUGUGGGAAAAGCUUGGAGUCUUUGAGUCAAAGGAAGGACAAUUACUGACAUGUCAUCUCAUCUGUGAACAUGGCGAGAAGCUCAAAGCUGCUAUAGCCUUGUGCAAGGUUGAUAAAAAGUAUCAAGGGGUAGUGGAUGGGACUAUUGGACUGGUGAUGAAGAAACGGCGAUUGAGAUCACAAAUUGAAGGUCUCACUGAACAAGAUGUGUUCUUUAGAGAGGUGUCAAGGAUCUCUGAUAUCUUCAUGUGUCUCCUGGAAUAUGAAGAACAGCUAAUUUUAAAGCAGAAGUCAUCUUCUUCUCAGCCACAAACUAUUGCAGCAGUAAAUACAGUAUUAAAGGAAAUGCUGUUUGAAGCAUGGCAAUACAGGCAGGAUCAGUUUGAAACUUAUCAACCAAGCAAUCCAUUAACAGACAUGAACUUUGAACAUGUGCCUUGGACUGCAACAGCCGGACCAGAUGGAAUACGAGCAGUGCUCUUAAAACAGAUCAAAUUAACAGCUAAACAGGGAAUGGGAGAGUUUGCUGAUCAACAGACAAAAUCACUUCUCGUUCAACAUAUGGUAGAUUUAGCUGAUAUUUUGCUGGAUGGCUAUGUCAAACAGCUGCAGUAUUUACGAAACUGUCCAGGAGUGAAGAGUCGUUUUGAUGAAGUCAAUCAGGAGUUUGAACAAGACAGAAGGAUUGUUAUUUUACCCUUAGUUCAUCAAGGUCAGAGGUCACACGCAGCGUCCCUUGCAGAGAAGUAUCACGACUUUGGGGUUUUAAUUGAACUGUGUGAAACAUCUGGUGAACAAGGGACUCUGCAAAAGUACAUGACACAGUUUACUGAUCAGGGAUUUUCAGAUUACGUAUUUAAGUGGUAUAUGGAUAAAGGAGAGCGUCAAAAGUUGAUGACGAUACAUGUACCUGAACAACAGAACGACGAUUUAUCGCGAUUCCUUUCGUCCCAUCACCAUUUGUCGUGGCUCCAUGACAUUCACUUGAAGUCCUUCUAUCAGGCACAUAGAACUUUGAAGGCUUUGGCGAGUGAGGAGGCGUGUCAUUUGGGGAAGAAAAAGACACUGUUGAGUCUUAGUAAACUGGCUCUUUUAGCAUCAGAUGAAAACAAUGACGCAGAGCUGGAAGAAAUAAUCAACGAACAUAAGAUCAUACUUCAUCAAGAAACACUACCAUCUGCAGUGCUACAGCAAGCUGGUUUGGACGUAGAUUCCAUGGCUCCCUUGUCACCAUCAGAACUGAUCGAGCUCCAUGUUGGAGAUAAAAAUACCGGAGCUAAUGAGUACGAUUUCAAAAAUGCUCUGGAUAUCCUGCAUCUUGCCGUACAGACUGGCGCUUAUGAUCAAGAGCAAGCCACAACCAUGAAACUUUACAUUUGGCGCAAAGCUCUACUGAGAGACGACUGGCCUUCGCUUCCUACGAAAGAUCCUCUUAUGACUGUUAGGAAUACUAUUUUCUUCAGAACUGUCGAACUGGCCUACAAUCAAGGUGUUGAACUCCAAGAGUUUAUUCCUUCCCUGGAAUCGCUGAUUGAUGGAGAAGAAUUGAAAAACACCGGUUUGUCUGAAAACGCGACAUUUCAUUUUCUCCUCAAAUCUGGAUACGAACGAAUGGAAAGGGCUGCUGUUUUGUCAUUAUAAAUGAACAACUGUUGUUACUUGUAGCAGACGGAAGAGCAGCCAUUUAGCUUAACCCAAAGUACUUUAGUUUAUUUCCUAAUAAUGCCUUCCGACUAUGUUGAAAAACUUAAGCGCAGUAAUCCCGAGAGUGACUCAG